CAUAACCAUUGAAAUUAAGCAUUUUGAAAUGUAAACCGUGGUAAAUAUAAAUUUUUACAGAAGAUUUUUUAACACGUGCUUAAAAAAAUAAUAAUGGGUAGAAAAGCCAAGUUUAAUGAAGGAGUUAUUGUUAAGAAAGGGCCCGGAAGAAAGGCAAAGAAACAGAAAGAUCCAAUCUUUCCCAAGGAACUGAUAGAAACUGAAAAAUCCGAUAAAAAAUUAAGCGCUCGACAAAAGAAGAGACUUAAAAAACGAGAACAAAUUAAGAAAGCGAGGGAAAACAACCAAGAAUUGAAAGAAGAUAAUGAUGUCCCAAAAGAUAUUACUAAUAAGACAAAGAAGCAAAGUAAAGCUAAAGGAUUUUCUGAUGAAAACAGUUCUUGGCUUAAACCUAAAAACAAGCCUAAAAAGCAGUUAAUUAAAUUAAAUUCUAGUGAUACUGAUGAGGAAUUAGAAGAACAAUCAGAAGUUGAAUCAGAUAUUAGUGACAAUGAGGAGGAACAAUCAGAAGUUGAAUCAAAUAUUAGUGACAAUGAGGAGGAACAAUCAGAAGUUGAAUCAAAUAUUAGUGACAAUGAAGAGGAACAAUCAGAAGUUGAAUCAAAUAUUAGUGAAACUGAUGAGGAGGAUAAUGUAAAGUUAGGAAAUUUAAGUGACAUAGCAACAGAUAGUGAAGCUGAAGAUGAAGAGAAUGAUGAUUUUGAUUCAGAUGAUGAAUCAGACGAUGCAAAAGAUUCAGACUUGCUACCCAUUGAAAAACAAAAUAUAAAACUAAAGAAAAAACUUGCAAAACAAGAGAAGGAAGCCGAAGAAGAGUUACAGUUAAAUAUUGCUGAUCAAGAAACGUUUAAAUUUCCCACAAAGGAAUCGGAGGAAGAAGUUAAAUCUCUACAGGAUGUUCAACAAAGGAUUCGUGAAAUUAUAAGGGUCCUUUCUGAUUUUAGUAAACUGCGGGACUCUGAACAUUCAAGGGGUGAAUAUAUUGAUAUCCUUAGAAAUGACUUAUGUACUUAUUACAGCUAUAAUGAAUUUCUAAUGGAGAGAUUUAUGCAGCUAUUUCCACUAUCCGAGCUGUUACAAUUUCUUGAAGCCAGCGAAGUUCAAAGGCCUUUAACUAUCAGAACGAACAGUUUAAAAACCAGAAGAAGAGACUUAGCACAGGCUUUAAUCAAUAGGGGUGUUAAUUUAGAUCCAGUAGGAAAAUGGUCAAAAGUUGGAUUAGUAAUUUAUUCCUCACAAGUACCAAUUGGUGCUACUCCAGAAUAUUUAGCUGGUCAUUAUUUGAUACAGGGUGCUUCUAGUUUUCUUCCAGUGAUUGCAUUGGCACCGCAAGAAAAUGAAAAGAUAUUAGAUAUGGCAGCGGCUCCAGGUGGAAAGGCUUCACAUAUUUCAGCAGUUAUGAAAAAUACAGGUGUAUUAUUUGCCAAUGAUUUAAACAAAGAUCGUAUAAAAGCUGUAGUGGGAAAUUUUCAUCGCUUAGGAAUAGUAAAUAGUGUCAUAACCUGUAUGGAUGGGCGAAAAUUUCCAAGUUUAAUGAAACUAUUUUUUGAUAGAGUACUGUUAGAUGCACCUUGUACAGGAACUGGUGUGGUAGCAAAAGAUCAAAGUGUCAAGACCAGUAAAGACGAAACCGAUAUUCAAAGAUGUUAUAACCUUCAAAGACAACUCUUGUUAGCUGCUAUUGACUCUGUAAAUGCAAAGUCAUCUACUGGAGGUUACAUAGUGUAUUCAACAUGCUCUGUUUUGCCUGAAGAAAAUGAAUGGGUUAUAGAUUUUGCAUUGAAGAAACGAAAUGUAAAAUUGGUAGAUACCGGUUUAGGUUUUGGAACUGAAGGUUUUACUAAAUAUAGGCAUUUAAGGUUUCAUCCAACAUUAAAUUUAACAAGGCGUUUUUACCCCCAUGAACAUAACAUGGAUGGAUUUUUUGUAGCCAAGCUGAGAAAAUUUUCAAAUGUUAUACCAAAAAGUGCAGAUUCUGAUGAGAUAGAUGAAGAAACCUUUGAUAAUAUUGAGAGUAUUGAAGAGGAAAGUGAUAGUAGUUUAAAUACAGAUUCAAAGAAAAAUAAAAAAGAAACAAAACAAAAAACAAAAAUUAUUGAAAACAAAAAAAGGAAACUAAACGAUGAUUCUGAAAAAUCUAAAACUUCAAAUAAAAAGAAAAAACUGCAGAAAAAUAGUGACGACAAAAAUAUUGAAGCAUCUAGUGUUAAAGUAAAAAAACUGAAAUUAGGAAAUAAGUUAAAAAACAAAAAAUUGGUUAAAGAAAAAGUAGUAAAUACUAGCAAAACAAAAGAAAUUAAUGAUAGUAAAGCAAAAGUAUCUCCAAAACCAAAAGAAAAAGGUAAAAAAGAUAAAAGAAUUAAAGACAAAAUAUUAAAUGGCAAAACUAAAGAAUAUGGCAAUGAAGUAAAUGUAUCUCCAAAACAAAAAGAAAAAGGUAAAAAAGAUAAAAGAAUAAAAGAAAAAAUAUUAAAUGGCAAAACAAAAGAAAAUGGCAAUCAAGUAAAUGUAUCUCCAAAACAAAAAGAAAAAGUUAAAAAAGAUGAAAGUGUUGUCCAGAACGAUAUUUCGAUAAAACUAGGCCAGAAAAUUAAGAAGAACUUGAAGAAAAAGAAUAAGAAACAGAAUUUUGGCGCUCUGAAGAAAGACAAAAGUAAGAUGAAUGGACCGUUCAAGCAUAAGAAAGGAAAGUGACUAUAGAUGGUGAUUAUAUUUGUAUAAAUAUCUUUUUUUAAUAAACUAUUAUGUUAUUCA